AUGAACAAUGCGAAAUUCUAUCGAUAUCUCUUAUUUUUCGUUGCCGCAUCCUUGAUUAUUUUCCUUACGAGCGAUCGUCAUCUCUCUCAUCAAUAUUUCGCCCAUGAAGAUCCAGCGUUUUCUUCAUUAGCGUUUUGGGAAGAUAAUCGAACAUUACAAACUGGCCGGAUACUACCUAAACCAACAAUAACAAGUGAUCAAAUCAACUUAACCAACUUCACCUUGGUCAUCGCUGCAUGUUGUCGAAAUGUUGAAAAAUAUCUUCUUGGCUUUCAAAGAAAUGUCCGCGCGAUUGGUGCAUUAUUUAGAAACUAUCGCGUGUAUUUGGGCGAGUCAGAUUCAAAAGAUAAAACACUACAAUUUAUUCAAGAAUGGGCAAACAAUGAUUCCAAACAUGUCUACGUCUAUACAGCAGGAAACCAGCGAUCGCGUCUCUUGUUUCGCACUCAACGUUUAGCUCAUUGUCGAAAUUCUCUUCUUCAACGUGCACGAAUUGACUUUCCUUCUUUUGAUUAUUAUCUCGUUCUCGAUGUUGAUGUGACUUCAUCAAAUUUGUUCUCAGUUGAAAACUUUCUCUCCAAUUUUCGUUAUCCGAUCUCAUCGUGGGCAGCAAUGACAGCUUCGCAAACAGACAGAUAUUACGAUCUUUGGGCGUUACGGUCAUCGCCAACAGUGACAUUCGAUUUUCUCGAACGCGCUCGCCAGGUGUCCUUCAUCCCUAUUGCUUGGGGUUCAGUAAUGACCAAACUAUUUGCACGACAUUACAAAGGAAUUCCAGAGAAUCAUUCCUUGAUCGACGUUGAAUCAGCAUUUGGAGGUGCAGGUAUCUAUUUUGCUCGAUAUCUGACUGAUAAAUGUGUAUACAAUGGCUGGAGAGAUUACGGAAUCUGGUUUUAUCGCGAACAAUGUGAACAUGUGACAUUCAAUCAAUGUAUUCGACGCAAUGCAGGAGGUGGAAAGUUUUUCAUUAAUCCUCGGUUCCAUACUACAUGA